CAGUGUGUAUGAGCCCAAGUGUUAAUUUUAAACACCAGAACCAUGGAAUGCAAAGAGAUCAGGAUGUCUGCUGUGUUAGUUGUCGCUCUGGUCUGCAGCUGUGUCGCUGUCGCGGAAAGUCAACGGCCGGAAUGGAAGAAACCGAUACAGCAUUCUUCGGGAAAUCCUCACUGGAUACACUUUCCAACAGACGACCAAGAACCUCCUUCUGGUGGAAUAACAAGACACUACUACAUCAGUGUCGUGGACGUAAACUGGGAUUUCGCCCCCUUGGGAAACAUCGUCAACGAUGACCCACACGCGGACGAACGGUUGCCAAAUGGGCCGGACCGUAUCGGAAAGGUUUACGCCAAAACCAUAUUCCGGCGGUUCACGGACCACACGUUCUCUGUCGGGGUUCCGCAGCCCGAAUGGAUGGGUAUCCUGGGACCCAUCAUUAGGGCCGAGGUGGGGGACACCAUCAUGGUACACCUCAAGAAUAUGGCGUUCAUAUCGGGUCGAAACUACUCCAUCCAUCCGCACGGCGUCCAGUACGACAAAGAUGCAGAAGGCGCUCUGUAUUUAGACAACACCAGUGGCGCCGACAAGGUUGACGAUGGGAUUCCACCGGGGGAGGUGUACAUUUACAAGUGGCUCGUCAGGGGAGAUAACUUCGCGCCCACCGACGAUGACAAUAACUGUUUGCCGUGGCCAUAUCACUCCCACGUGAUAUCGGAAACCGAUAUCGCAACCGGGCUUGUCGGAAUGCUGUUCACGUGCAAAAAAGGUAUUCUUACAAAGGACGGGGAAAGAAAUGACGUAGGGUUGGAGUACAUUUUCUACAUGGACUAUUUUGAUGAGAAUGUCAGCUGGCUUGCGGAGGAAAACGUCAAACGUUGCGGUAACGUCACGGCGUGUUCUGAACUCCUGGCGUCUAAAGACGACGAUUUUGUGGAAAGCAACAAAAUGUCAAGCAUCAAUGGCCGUUCGUACGGAAAUCUUCCCGGUGUGGCGUUUUUUGCGUACGAACAAGUGACGAUCCACCUGUUUAGUUUGUACACCGGCGUGAAGAACAUGUACAUCAGUGGAAUUCCGCUGACCAUCAGAAACCAUAGAUUGAAUUGUAUAUCCUGGCUCGUGGGUUCCAGUUUAACAGUGGAGAUGUUUCCAGUGAACACUGGGGCAUUUCUAAUGUCCAGUCACGUGACCACUAAUUACGUCAGAGGUACAAGCGCCUACGUUCACGUUUUCCCCGGGAGAUUCGUAGACAACAGACUAUCGCACCUAAAUCCGCCAUCUUGGUUGCACCUGUACGACAGAUCGGCACUGCUGCAACCGGCCACGAGGACGUACUACCUGGCAGCCGAAAAGGUCAUCUGGGAUUACGCCCCUUCCGGAGAAAACAAGUUUUUUGGUGGAAACUUGACAGAUCCUGACAAUCAGGGCGCCACGUUUUUCAAAAAAGCAGACGACCGAAUUGGCGGGAAAUACGUGAAGGCCGUGUUCGUGGAGUACACCGACGGCUCGUUCACCAGGAGGAAACCACGGUCGCCCGAACAGCACCACCUCGCCAUCCUCGGGCCGGUGAUCCGCGGCAACGUGGGCGACACCGUCCGCGUGGUCUUUCGCAACAACGCAGACAGGGAGUACUCCUUUUGGCCGACCGGGCUGACGAUGACGAAAGAAAACGAGGGGCUGGUGUACAAAGACGCAUAUACUGGCCAGUUUACAGGUAAGACGGCUCAGCCAGGUGAGACCGUCGAGUACACGUUCCAACUACCGGCCCCGGCGACCGCCCCAACCGACGCUGACCCAGACUGCGUCGUCCAGACUUACCAGUCGGCGGUGGACCACGUCAAAGAUCUGAACACCGGUCUAGUUGGACCGAUACUCGUCUGCAAGAAGGGCUAUUCCAGAACCUGGAACACCAAAAAGCGAGGUCUUCAUUCUAAACGCCACCUUCCAGCUUUUAGGGAGUUUUUCAUAUUGUUUUUGAACUUCAACGAAAACGAGUCCUGGUAUCUGGACGAAAACAUUUACAAGUUUGCCGGGAAUCCGUCAAGUGUGGACAAGAAAAACAGAGAUUUUUUACUCUCCAACAUAAUGUUUGCUGCAAAUGGCCGAGUGUUUGGUAACUUGGAGGGUCUGGUCAUGUAUCAGGGUGACGACGUCGUAUGGUACGGCAUGGGGCUCGGGGCCGUCCUCGACUUCCAUGUCAUCAACUUCAUGGGUUCCACAUUUGAGAAAUACGGCAACACCGAAGUCACGGCAAUGCUUCGUCCAGGAACCGGGUCAACUUUUAAUUCAAAACCAAGAGAGAUUGGCAAGUGGGCUGUGAUCUGUCGACCUCACGUGAACUUGGGAAUGGCGGCUUUAUACUCCGUCUUGCCUCGCGGACUUGGCGGCAGGCAGUUCUUCAGCCGAAGAGUCCGAGUGUACUAUAUUGCAGCGGUGGAGGUAGACUGGGAGUACUGCGACAAAAAAGUAGAACCUACAUCUGGGAAACCAUUUACUAGCCCUGAUCAGCCUGGAUACAAAUUCUGCACUCUCAGUGGGGACAAGUUCAUCGGGUCCAUCUACAAGAAAGCCGUCUAUCGCGAAUUCACCGACAGAACGUUCACCAGACAAAAAGCACGCCGACCGGACGAAGAACAUCUGCACCUCCUUGGACCGUUCAUCCGAGGUGAAGUAGGGGAGACAAUCAUCGUCGUCUUCAAGAACCUGGCGUCGAAGAAUUUCUCCGUCCACGGGCAGGGCGUGGCUUACGACAAGACCAACGAAGGAUCACAGUACGCCGACGGCCCGUACGCCUCCAACGACGACAGCGUCGGGCCCGGCCAGGUUUACGUUUACAAAUGGGACAUCCCCGUCGAAUCUGGUCCGGGACCCAGCGACCCCAACUGCAUUUCCUGGAUGUACUUUUCCCAGGCCGAUUUCCGCAGAGAUGUCCCGUCGGGUUUGAUUGGUCCGUUGGUGGUGUGCCGACCCGGCGUCCUUGACCGUUACAACCGAAGGCAGGACGUCGACAAGGAGUUUGCGUUGUUCGCCAACGUGUUCGUCGAAGCCAAUAGUUGGUACUUCGACGAAAACGUCGCCAGAUUCGCGCCCAACAGGGUCGACGAUGCGGAGUUCGCCAUCAGCAACCUUUAUUUUAGCAUCAAUGGGAAAAUCUACUUCAACGCAGUCGGAUUUGUCAUGAACAACAUGGACCUCGUCUCCUGGCACGUGAUGGGCUGGGGCGGACCCAGAGACACCCACCCCAUCCACUUCCACGGCCAGACGCUCAUCCUCAGCUCGGGCACGAAGACGCGGAUCGACGUCGUCGAGGUGGGCCCGGCGUUGUCGGAGACGGUGGAGAUGUUGGCGGACAAUCCGGGCCGAUGGAUCGUUCACUGUCACAAAGCGUCACACAUCGAGGAAGGCAUGUCCACCACUUUCACUGUGCUGCCCUCUCGUAAAGGCUAGUUGUAAUAAAGAUCACAUUCACUGUGCUGCUCUCUUGCAAAAAAUAGUUGUAAUAAAGAUGCAAUUUU